AUGACAGUUGGAGCUUGUUACUGGAGUGGUAAUGGCUCUUACUGCUGCCCUUGCCAUGGCCAAGGACAGCCCGAUGUGGCUGAAUCUUCGUCGACCCCUUGUCUGGAAUGCGGACAUCCACUCGGGAAUCAUUUUAGAAUUGGGCCACGCCAAAGUGAUCCUAGUACUAGCCAUGUGUUCGUACCAAGGCACGAAACCGUGAGAAAGCUUGCCCAUCGCAUCCAUGAACAAAGAGUGGUCCUUGGUCGUGGGAUCCCCGCAUCAGGUAAGACCUUUCUCGCCCGAUCCCUUCAUACCUACCUCCGUGGACAGGGAGUCAAGUCGAUCUACAUCAAAAGUUUCCCCCUGAGUUUAGAGGGUGGCCCCUCUGCGUUAGAUUAUCUGGUCGAGGCCUGUCACCUCCAAGGUUUUCCGACAUUUGGCCACAACGUUCUGCGCGACAACUUUGUGUUUCUCAUCGACGACGCACACACAACUUACAAUAACUCUGAGCUAUGGUUGAUUCUGAAUUCGGCGAACCAAGACUGCCUCGCGAACGUACCAGGUGCUAGUUUCUGUAUGUUCAGUGCUUUCGGUACUCCCGAUAGGGGUGUCAUGCCACACAACAUGGGGAGUGACUUGCUGGUAUUCAAUAAGCGUCAACGCCUUUUAUUGAAAGAGAGGUUUGAGGAGGAUAUUUCACUUUUCUACACUCGAGAAGAGUUCGAUCUCCACAUGGAAAUGCAUCUCCAGGCUCGAGGUUCCGAUUACGAAAUCGAUGAUAUUCUGAAAGAUAUCAUUAAUGUCUGGACUGGAGGCCAGCCUAAAUUGGUAGAUGCAUUCAUGCUUCUCUGUGACAUGUGGUACGACGCCUUUUACAAGGAUGACGAACUUGAUGAAAUAGCCCACGAUGACUACGAAAUUAGGCGAUUCUUUGAAGUUCGUGGCCUCCUGGAAGGAAGUAUCGCCGUGAUUCUAGACUUCGCGGGUCUUCCGCUCUCGCCCGAAACCUUCUUCCCUCCUGAACAGGAGUUUGAAGUUCUUCGUCAGGCUCAGCAAAUCGGUCCGGAAACUGCUGGCGAAGGCUUGUUGUUCAACCCGCACAAUGAAGCUAUGCUGUCAUGCCUCACGAAAGGUUGGCUGCACAUGGCAGAGACCCGGGAAGGAGAAUUCAAAUUGUACUUUCCAACCCUGUUUCACCGAAGGCUCGUGGAGUACCUCGUUGGAGUCCAGGAUCUUAGAUAUCCCACCCCGCCUACACUGAACAGAGGGGAACUUGAGUUAAUGGUGGGCAUGCGAAACAUGACGAUUUCCUAA